CUGCGCGGCGCCGCCCCCCGCGUUCGGCGGGAAGCGGCGGGCGGCUCGGCCCGGCCGGCGCCAUGAACGGCACGGUGAUCCCCGGCACGCCCAUCGCCGUGGACUUCUGGAGCGUGCGGCGGGCGGGCGGCGCCCGGCUGUUCUUCCUGUCGCACAUGCACGCGGACCACACGGUGGGGCUCUCCAGCACCUGGAGCCGGCCGCUCUACUGCUCGCCGCUCACCGCCCGCCUGCUGCACCACCGCCUGCAGGUAGGUGUGCGGGGCCCGGCCCCGUCACGGCCCGGCCCCGUCACGGCCCGGCCCCGUCACGGCCCUGACCGCCCGCAGGUGCCGCGGCGCUGGAUCCGGCCGCUGGAGGUGGGGCAGAGCCACGCGCUGGGCGAGGAGGUGACGGUGACGCUGCUGGACUCCAACCACUGCCCCGGCUCCGUCAUGUUCCUCUUCGAGGGCGCCUUCGGCACGAUCCUCUACACAGGGGACUUCCGCUACACCGGCGCCAUGCAGCACGAGCCGGCGCUGAGGGGCCGCCGCAUCGACCGACUCUACCUGGACAACACGCACUGCCGCCUGCGCCAGCCUUUGCCCUCGCGGCGCUGCGCCACGCGCCAGGCCGCCCGCCUCAUUCGCGCGCACCCGUCCCACCACGUCGUUGUCGGUGUGUACAGCCUGGGAAAGGAGGCGCUGCUGGUGGACCUGGCAGUGGAGUUCGGCACCUGGGUCGUGGUGAGCCCCUCGCGCCUGGAGCAGAUGCGGCUGCUGGAACUGCCCAAUGUGUUCACUGCUGAGGAGGGGGCUGGCUGGAUCCGUGCAGUGGACGUCACUGAGAUCCGCUGGGAUACUCUUGUCAGCUGGAACACGCUACAUCCUACUAUUGCUAUCCUCCCCACUGGCAGGCCCGUGAAGGUCACCCACCCCAACAUCUACCCCAUUCCAUACUCGGAUCACUCAUCCUUUUCAGAGCUGUGCGAGUUUGUGAAGUGGUUGAAACCCUGCUCAAUCAUCCCAAUUGUUAGGGACAACAUGUGCCAGGUUUACUUUCAUAAAUACCUAAGUUCUGACCACCAGGCACUUCCUGACCUCAGAAUCCCAAAGCCUCUGCAAGAGUCUUUGCAGCAGCAAAGCAAAACAAAGAUACGGAGGACUGUGUGCCAGCAAGCUCUUUUCAAGAGACACUCUGUGUCCCAAGGAGUUAUCUAUGAGUCCCCAGAAAAACAUACUGAGGAGUCUGAUGGGCCUAGGGGCAUUAAGGUUACUCAGCAGAACUUUUGUGAGUCAGCUUUCUGCUCCAAAGAAGGUUGUACUGGUUGUCAAGUGUCCAAAGAAAAAGGGAAGGAAGAACUGAGUGGAGAACAGUCAGGAGUAGCGAUAGCAGCUGGUGCUGUUAGACAGUUGCCUGUUUCUGAUGAGCACGUUCCAAGUGGGUUUGCAGAGUCAUAUUUACUCAUUCCUUUAAAUGUCUUAAAGCAGAAUUCCUCACAGGAAUUUGACAAGGUGGUAGAAGAUUUCUUUAGGAGGGGAGAAGCAUCCUGAAAAUUGCAUGGUGGCUGCCAGGGCAAAUGCAGCUGAUAGUGGUGAUUCUAACUUGAUACUGCAUCCCGUUCUUUGUGUUCAAGUUUCCGUCAUGAGAGAGGAGCUCAGCUAUGGUGCUUUACUGUCAUUACAUCUUAUUAGAGGAAAAAGAAAACUAGAAAUAGUUUGUAGGUGUUUUAUGUUUUGUUUAUUUAUUUUUAUGUCUGUGUCUACAUCUGUUGGGUACCCAUGCUAUAUACAGGCAGCGUGGUCCCACUGCAUCUGUGCCUUUUACCUGCUUUUUGUGGUGGUUUACCUGUCAUGGCAAAAGAUUUAGCCAGGUUGAUACAAGUUGAGCAGCAGAGGGCGUGAGCUGCCUGCAUUUUAAGUAACGGGUUUAUGUGUGAGAGAGAAGCAAGAAGGGGGGAAAUCUAACAGUCCUGGAGAUUCCUCUUUCUACAUACCCGUAAUGCCUCAUUGACUCACUUCAAGGUGCAUUAAAAUAUUAUUUAUUAGGAUACAUUUAAAAAUCGGUUCUUAAAGAAAUGUAGAAAAUUAAGUGCCUUAAAGUCUGUUAAUAGCUGUAAUUCCUCCAGACAGCACUGCUUUUGCGUCCUGCCAACUGCAGCUGGAUGCAGUUCUGCUCUCCUGAAAGCACCACUUUCAUAUUAACUGUAAAUAGCUUUUUCAGGUCACUGGCUG